GCCAUCUCCGGGGGAGCGCUGUUCCUCAAGACCUCCGCUGCACCCGGCGGCGGUCGCGAGCUGAGCUCCGAGUCGUUCCGCGGGCUGAUCAACUCGGCACUGCUGCAGCGGCGGGUGGCGCCCAGGGACAGGCUGCAGGCCCUCCACCGCGCCUUCGCCUCCCUGCCCUCCUCCGCCUCCCCUCCUCCCGGCGACGGCGGCAGUGGCAGUGGCGGGGUGUCGGCCGCCCUGGACCUCUUCCGCCGGCUGCUAGCCCGGGAGGCGUUCGGUCUGCUGCGGGAGGAUGGCGCGGACCUGUACUUCGACACGGGGGCGCACACGGCGGCAUUCGUGGAGGCACUGGCCGGCGGCCCUGCCACCCUCUCCGACGCCUUUCUAGAAGCCCUCCUGGACGCCUCCUCCUCCACCACCUCAUCCUCCUCCACCUCCUCUGCCCCCACCUCCACCCAAGAGGUGUGGGGCCGGCUGAUGCGGGAGGUGCUGCGGGCCGUGUGCGCCCCCGCCGCCCGCCUCACGGACGCGGGCGGCUUCGAGCGCCCCCUGGCGGUGCUGGACCGACUGACGUGC